GCUACUGCUACCUGUACCUCGCGUAGCCCAGUUCACCGUCCACCUCACUUGGAGCGGGGGAUGGCUGCUUGUGUAGAUCAAUGACUGCAAGCGUCCAUUCGAGUUGGCAGCAAGCGUCGUAAGAGAUUGGGCCAGCAUCAAUUCAGUGGGUAGGAAAGCUGCAUUGCAGCACUCUCUGCCACCUGCAACCAAAACAGUAACAUGGCAGCAUGGACAGGAAGAACAAGGAGGGAAAAAAGGUGGACGAGCCGUGGGUGCGUAGCAUUCAGUUGACACUGUGCCAUCUCCGCUGUACAAUGCAUCUGUGCAUUGCAUUCCCCAUCGAUGGUUGAUAUUGAUGGCCACCGCAAACCAAUAGCAAGGCCAGCCUUGAGGAGUAAUGCAGGAGGUGGAUGGUGAUGGCUGCUGCUACGUGACUGGUCGAGUGGUAUGCAGACCCAAGUCCACACCCUGGCACGGCGCUGCAGUGCUCUGCCAGCACAGUAUGAAUCGCCACGUCGGGAGUGCUUGUUUGUGUUGUGUGCAGACGCUGCCGGUCAGACAGUAGGAUUCAGGAGUGUGAGGUUUCCGGAUCAACCUGUGCCAGCGUUUGUCUGGCCAAAUGAGAGCGGGAAACACAGCAAGAGUCGGCCAAUGGCAAUUCUGAGGAAUGCAAUGCAGCUGCUAAUAAUACUUAGGCGCCAUGUGGUCGACAACUCGGCCGGCGUUGGCAUCACGAUGUCCCUCUGCGCUGGCGGUCUAGUGGACGUGGACGCCGUUGGAUGAAGGCAAGCCGAGCCAAAGGGGGAUAAGCAUCGACACUGUGGUUUGGGCGGAAGCGAGCGAGCGUGGCCAGAGUCCGCUGGAGUGUGCAUUGCAUUGCACUGUACU